CUGGGUUUCCCUUUCCUUUUGCCAAACCCUAGCGGAAGUCCCUCCUGGCCGACAUGUCCUCGAAACGCGCUGCUGCUGAAGCCGAGUCUUCUGCAUCCGACUUCUCGAACGCUUCCUCUUCAUCCGACGAAAAAGGAGAGCAAGAAGAGGAUGUGCGCCUCUCGUCUGUUCCUCAGGUACCCAAGCCCAUGAAGCCCUCCAAGCACCCUUCCGCUGCCACCUCCAGCCACGACGGUGAAGAAGAUGACGACGACAGUAGUAACGAGGAAGACGGCCAAAGAAACAAGCACCAGGGAGACAACGGCAGUGAAGAGGAAGAAGACGACGACGACGAAGGUUCCAGCGAUGAAGGAUCCGACUCUGAUGACGCGAAUACAAUGAAUAAGCCGCUGCCGCCGCCGCCGCCACCACCACCACCACCAAAGCCACAGUUCCAACCACUGCCUAAACCAACGCCUGAGCCGUCGGAUUCUGGUUCCUCUGGUGAUUCUGACUCUGAAUCUGAUUCCUCUGACGAUGCACCUGUUACCCCUGGCUCCCGCCCAUCUCGUGCCGUGGAUCCGUCGAUCAAGCCCAUAAACACCAAGCCUAUGGACACCCCUAACAAGCCGAGCAAGCAAGCCAAUUCCCCUGCUCCUUUGCAGGACCGAGAAUCUCUGAAAAGGAAGCAUGACGUGGUGGAGCGCUCUGAGCUGGAUAAUCAUGGUGGACAGAAGCGCCAAUUGUUUCAAAGACUGUGGAGCUUAGACAAUGAAAUAGCUUUACUUAAGGGCCUGGUGGAGUACCGAAGUAAGAAGGGCACUGUUGCUGCUUCUGCCCAUGACAUGGAAGACCUUCGGAAUUUUAUCAAAGGUUCCUUCCAAACGGAUUUCAGUAACACGCAGCUCGCUGAUAAAGUGAGAAGGCUUAAGAAGAAGUUUGAGACAAAUAAUGCCCGUGCCAAAAAUGGUGCAGACCGAACCUUCACCAAACCCCAUGAGCAGGAUGGGUAUAAGCUCUCUAAGAAAGUUUGGGGAGUUAAUAGGAUAACCUCAGAGCAUCUUGAUGCUAAUAGUGCUGACAGUGAGGACAAUGAAGAAAGCGAGAGUGAGAUGAUGAACAUUCGGAAAUCAAACGAGCAGCAGUUGACCUCUCUUGUUGUGUCAAAGUGCCAUGAUGCUAUUGUUUGUGAGAGUGGGGAUAUUGUAAGGGUUAAGAUUCAGUUUCCGUACUUGUGGGAGACGGUAACCAAAAUGGCAGAUGAGUAUUUGUGUGGGAUAGCCAUCAAGAGGGCCCUAGAGAUGGUAGAUGUUGCUAAGGCAAAAUUGAUGGAAGAAAAGCUUAAAAAAUUAAAAACAACUCAGAUGAGGCAGCACUUGCGAAGGAUUGAUCUGAACAAGGAGACAGUGAAGCUUAUUCUUGAUGCUAUAGGGAGAUCAAAGUGAAUUGCUUCUUCAAGAACGUGUGCUGCCUACAGCGUAGGGAAGUACAAUGAGUAUUUUGAUGUAUAAAAGCAUGAUUUGCUUCACCUUUCUUAGUUAUUUGUGCAGAAUGAGUUGGUAAGUUUUUUGUGUAGCUUUCUCCGCUAAACUCUCUGUUGGUAGUCAAUGUAUAUGAAUUUUGAUUUUGAAAACUAUGUUCCUAUCAAUACUCUCUUUGAAAUUUUCAAUCGUUACUAUAAUAUUUUGUCUAGGUAUUAAUUCCUUUUUGUGAUUUCACCUGUGUAAUGAGUCUUGUUGCCAAAAGCCAUAAAUAUUUAUUUAAUUUGUGUUCUUGACUAAUUUUUGUUAUUAAAUUAGAGUAAUUGAAUAAUUAUUAAUGCGGAGAUUCUUUUCUUAGUGAUCGAUGUCUUAUUGUUCAUGUAAUCCAUCAGAUGUUUUUACCCUCUUAUGGCAUGCAAUAUAAUUGAGAAGGUUCAUUAGGCUUUAAAGUUCCAUCCAUUAAGUUUCUUAUUUAAUGCCUAAAUGAUUAUAUUUUCUAUAGACUAUAUGACCUUUGUUUGCUCAGCAUUCAUGAAUUUCACAAGCAAAAACAGUAACUAGUAAUAUUGGCAAGAGAUGUAUAAACGAGAUGGGUGGGGAGCAGAUCCUUGGGGGCUAGGAACCAUGGUAUGGUUGCUCAGGGUCUGAGCAAAAAAGAGGAAAAAAAGAAAAAAAGUUGUUCUUGUGGAGGUAAGGUUGCAUAUAUUGAGUCACCCCAAACACCACAUUGUUGGGAGUCUUUUGCACAUUAAUGACCUUUAUAAUGUGAAGAGGGAUGGAGAAAAUUUUUUGUUGCAAUCUUCCUGUUGCAAAGACUUGGCAAGCCAGCAUACAGCAAAAGUCAUUAUGAGCUUUGUAGGUAUAUGAGAUUGGCAGCUCUUCCAACAUAAUUCUAAUAGUGUCUAGCCAAGUUAAGUUAUUAUUCAAAUGUGAUUUUAUUUUAUCUUUUUUAAUGAAAGUGUUAUGGAUGAUUAGAAGCAUGUCUUAGAUCAUACACCUUGUUGAUGAAAAGAUAACCCAGUCUGUCAAUUGAAGCAGCCUGUCUAGUUAUGGUUAAUGUUGGAUCAGUUUGGUCUAUUUGAAUCUGUGCUAAUAGGUUUUUCUCCUUUUCUAUGUGAUGGAAUUUUUUUCUGUGAUAUUUCUUUAUGGGCUUUGAAGGCUAUUAAGAGCUUAGUAAAUUAAGGUUUGUCAGAGUCUUGGAUCUCAUGUUCAGGAUGAAUAAGAUUCCAACUGGUGCGUAGUAUGCUGGUUGUGAUGUGAAUAAGGUUUAGGAGAUCAAGUAAGAAUUUAUGUUGAAAAGGUGAUUGAUUGGUUGUGUUACAAUGUUGCUUCUGUUAAUAGUAAAGGAAAUUGAACUUUAUCCACUUCUGUCAUUCUUUGAUCAUGUCUUUGUUGGUACCUACUGUCCCAUUUCUUUUCAUCCCACUUUUUACUGCAUCUACAUAUUUUCUUCUCU